AUGGUGCUAGAAAAGAGCCUUUCAUCAGCCAUAAACACAAAAAUUAUGGGCUCAUCAGGAAGUGAAGAAACCAUAGUUCUAGCUCAUGGGUAUGGAGGUGACCAGUCUGUGUGGGACAAAAUCGUCCCCUACUUGGCUGAGCAUUACCGAGUUGUUGUUUUUGACUGGCCUUUCUCAGGUGCUGUUAACAACAAGGACCUCUUUGAUCCUAGCAAAUAUUCUUCCUAUGAUGCUUUUGCAAAUGAUUUAAUUGCCCUCUUGGAUGAGCUCAACUUGAAAUCCACUGUCUUUGUUGGCCACUCCAUGUCUGGUAUGAUUGGAUGCAUUGCUUCCAUUAACAGACCUGACCUCUUCAAGACCCUCAUCCUCAUUGGAGCUUCUCCUAGGUACAUAAAUACAGAAGACUAUGAAGGUGGGUUAGAGAUGUCAGACAUUACACAAAUCAUCUCAGCCAUAGAAUCCAACUAUCACAACUGGGCUGCCUACUUCGCUUCCCUUGCUGUGGAUGCAAAUGACCCUCUUUCUGUCGACAAGUUUGUCAAGUGCCUGCGCAGAAUGAGGCCUGACGUUGCGCUGGCCUUGGCCAAAACCGUCUUUUACAGCGACCAGAGAGACGUGCUUGACCAGGUUUCAACUCCAUGCACCAUCAUCAACACCUCCUCUGACAUUGUUGCUCCAAACUCGGUCGCCUUCUACAUGCAGAAGAAAAUCAAGGGAAAGUCCACUGUGGAGAUUAUAAACACCAAUGGCCAUUUCCCACAGUUGACUGCCCACCUUGAGCUUCUUGAUGUGCUGGGAAAAGUCUUAGGCCUUAAAUUUGAUCAUCAAGAUCCAGAUAUCGUUGGGCGACAAGACAUGGGUACCCGUGGCAAUCGGUUAAUUACUCAAGUAGAUAAGAGUAUUCACUUUUGCACUGGAAGUCCGGUGUUUUCUUCUUCCUUUCCGUAA